AUGGCUCCGGACAGAUGUUCAUGCUUUGCUAGGAUUUCGCGUACAUCUGGACGCGAAGGUGGUUGCAACAACGGAGGUUGCAACGCUGCCGACACAACUGAGGCAGUGAAUGCCGACAACCCUCUGUUGGAUUCUAUCGUGUUGCGUAGUUCAUCAUUGGGUAAUUUCAUUGCGCCCCCGUGGCAUUUGAUUAGCCCUUGUGAAUCUAGCGUGGUCGAUAAACUUUGGGAAGACCCCGAAGGGCACCCCGAGCUAACUUCUAAACAGAAGAGUCGCCUGUCUCGUUGGGUACGUUUUUUCUGGGGCGAUGGCAAGAAGUGUUUCUUCGCCUCUGCUCCCAACAGUGGGCGCAUAAAGCAAGGGUUCGUUGCCGACUGUUCCUUUCUAUCAUCCUUGGCCGCCCUCGCAGAUUACGAAUCUCGACACUCUGUCCCUUUAUUAACGAACAUCAUAAAGUUUGUUACAAUCGGCCCCAACGGUUACGAGGAUUUGGUGCAGCCAACACAGGGAUGCACUGAGGCGCCUCUAACAACCGAUUCCGACAUCGCCAUAGGGGUUAAGUUAUACUUCAACGGUAUUGCCAGGUGUGUCGUUGUGGAUGACUGGGUUCCCGUUAGGGCCGACGGCCGCCUGCUAUGCGCGCAUUCUUCGGAUCGCACCGAGUGCUGGGUGAGUAUCCUCGAGAGGGCGUUUGUAAAGCUGAACGGCGGCCGCUACACCAUCCGCGGCACUAACCCUGGAAUAGACAUAUACCAUUUGACUGGGUGGAUCCCGGAUAUAAUCUUUUUACAGCCGAGCGGUUGCGUCCCUCCUGGCGUUGCGACCUCCGCUGACCGUUCUACAAACAAAUGGAACGACACGUGGGACGUUAUUUACGCGGGCUUCUGCGGAGGCUCCUGCGUUGUGUGCCUCGGCACGAGCGACUUCGCGGAUGCUGUUCCAGUCGGUCAGGAUAGACCAGAGGGCAUUUCCGUUGCCUCCGGCAUCGUCAGUGACCAUGCCUACAGCAUGCUCGACAUGAAGGAGGUGCAGAUGCCCAACAAGCGUCGAAUACGUUUAAUGUACUUGAAGAACCCCUGGGGAAGUAUUUCUUGGACGAAGCGAUUUUCUCCGUCCGACUCAAAAUCUUGGACACCGGAAAUGCAGAAGACCCUAGGCUACGUUCCUAACCCUUCGGAGGACAAUGGAAUGUUCUGGAUUGAGUGGAAUGACGUGUUAAAAUGGUUUUCGCACCUGUACGUUGCGUGGAAGCCCAGCAUCUUCCGCAGUCGUGUAACCUUACACCACGUCUGGGAACCCAGCCCGCAAUUCCUUGAUUCUUGGGCACCCGAUGACAUGUCCCUCUCUAUGUACAACCCGCAAUUCAGUGUAGUCGUAUCGUUUGGUAAUUCCAACUCCGCCACCCUCUGGUUAAUGCUGAUCCAGCAUCGCCGGGACUUCGAGGAGCCCUUGAAGUACCUGGCAAUGCAUGUAUUUUCGCGCAAAGACGCCGUCGUUUGCCCCGCUAUACCCGAAGUUCAGGGCGUGUACAACAACGGCGAGUGUAUUUUGUUGAAGCUUAUAGUUAAGUUAAGCUCGUUUAGCGAAUCUCCCGUCAAGCAUAUGCUGACGGGUGACCCCGUUAUCGCUUGUACUGUGGAUGACGAGUCAAGUGUGAUGGUACUCGUCUCGUAUUAUUCCAAGAAAGUGGAGAGCGCAGCGCCAUUCACGAUUCGCGCGCUGUCUUCAAGACCUAUAAAGUUGACCCCGAAACCCUGCGUCGUCCGACCGGACUGGCACAGGACUGUAAUACAAGGAGAGUGGACUGACAGCAACAGCGGAGGCAGUCCCCAAAACAUAUGGACGUAUUUUAAGAAUCCGCAUUACAGGCUGUUCUUUCCCGAGAAAUGUGAGGCUGUUGUUUUGCUGGAGUCCGCCAGCCCCCUUUCGGUGAACCUCCGGAUUUUCAAUGGGCGUAUAGCUACUAUCCGUGCUCUAAAAGCUGGACAGUUGACCUCUUCGGAUGAAUAUAGGGUUAACUGUUGUUCCGUAUCCGCCGCCAACUUCUGCGGCCAUUACGUCGUCAUUCCUUCCGCAUAUCGCGCCAGCGACCAUGGCGCGUUCAGGAUAAUUGUACGCUCGAGCAAAGAAUGCAGUAUAUCUCCAUUGCCCUACCCGCAAUCGCCCGUUCCCUCCACCUUGGGAUUAAUCAGUCAACGUGUCGACAUGCAGGGCCCUCUUAACAUUCAAGUGUCCUGUCCGACGUUGGUAUCGAUUCGGAUAAAGGUGCCAACCGAACUUUUAAGUGACAACUUCGCGCUGCUGGGGUCAUCUGCCGGGGCCCCACACCCGCAGCCUCGGGACGCCUGCUUCGGCUUUGAGGCAGAAAACAAGUUCUUCUGUCUCUCUUUGGCGUGCAACGUCUGCGGUGGCGCAGGCGGCAGGUUACGCCAAAUAACCAAAAACGACCCGCUACGUGGUCACGCCGAUGGAUAUGAUUUGGUGCUGUACAGUGACCUGAAUGGUGGGAACUCCAACACGGGGCGCACCCCGUCUGCGUCCGCUCGUUACCUGUUCGAGAACGAACGGGUGAUAAACUUCACCCUGGCCGAGCUGCAGCCCACCAAGGUUCCAUACAGGCUGUGUUGCAUCGGCGGCGUCUCGCGAGGGAUGCGUGCUGGAGUCGGCGGACGCGUCGAUGAUGCACGUUAUGAUGUUGUUGAUGGGCAUGUUGCACUGCUCCUGGUCCGUGGGCGACCUGAGGUAGGAGCAGUAGUUGAGCACGCGCCCGAUGUACUCGUCCAGUUGGUUGAUUUCGCGGUUGGGGGUAAUGUUCGGUGUAACGGCCUUCGAUUCGCCGUUGGAUCCCUGACUGGAUGCUUGGUUUCCCUGGCCGUCAGCUUUGGCGUACGGCGAGUUGGGGCCGGAAUGGAAUAUGCCGAAAUCGUCGCUGAGUAUGGCGCUCAGACAUCCCAAGAUGUCGAUCUUGUACGUGUGUAUGGCGGCGCAGAUGGCGUACAUGACCGCCGGCAUGAUUCCCAUGCGGCAGACUGGUCCGAUCAUGGUUUUAAUGUUGCGAGUAAAUCUGAAAACUCGCAGCUUGGAGUACUCCACGAAUAUUUCUCGCGAGUAGUUGAGUCUGAAAUCCAGCAGCUUGAACCCCCCGGUGCUGAAGUUCAUGCUCAGUUUGCAUGGCGUGGCGUACGGUGCUACGAACAUGAGCCCGAGUAG